AAUAACACAGAACACCUAGAUAUAAGAAAUGAAUGUAAUGUUUGGAAUGAUACUAAUAAAGAAAAAAAAGAAAGAGAGAUAAGGAGGAUACCGAGAUAUGGCGAGAAAAUUCGUAUGAAGAAUAAAGGGACUGAAGUAAUCAUCGACAUAGGGAGAAAUAUCGAGAUAUGGAGAGUCGACUGUUGAAGUUUUCAAAACUAUUUGUUUUGCUCACGCAUUUGAACAUUUCCACCAGACUUCACAAAACGAGAUUUUUGUGUACCGACACAACAGUGAGAAUCAACAUUCGUCGGUUGGAGCAGUUUGCGAAGUUACAUAACUCAGUCAUUAGUAGAUAAAUUUCGAAUUCCGCCCCCUGUCAAACUCUAACCUACCGCCAAUUAACGAACGUCAAAUACGUAUUCGCCUCAAAAAUGAACUACUUCUUGUCCCCUCAGUUAACCGACAGUGACCAAUAUGGCGACAUCGCUUCGUGCAUCCUUCCCCACAAACGUCAUUAUACCCCGAUGCAUCCCAUUCAUCGAUCGCAUCCAAAACCCAUUGGCCCUGCAGAAAUCGAUGGACCGCUACUUCGGCGUCAUUUAUUGGGGUUCUCGACCUCUGGAGUUCUUCAUGAAGAUAUUCUCCUUGUGCUUCAUGCUCGGCUUCUUGCUCCUUUGUUUCGGCUGCAUGUUUUGGGUCAAUCCUUUGGAAGUUCCACCUGACAUGUAUCUCAACAUGUGGUUCUAUUUGGCAGCAAGUACGUUCGUCAUACUCCAAUGGAUCACCCUAUUUCCGAAUCGCCACCAUUACGCGAAGAUCGUUCAAUAUCUCUCAGAUCUGCAACGCACGGAUCCAUUUCAUCCAUUCCGUAUACGUUCUCGAGCGGUGAUUUCUCUCAGUACAGCUUUUCUGUUGGCAAUGAAUACGAGUAUGGCGAUCUUUUGGGGGUUUCUUCUCUUCGGAAGCUGCCCUAUGGCAUUCGUUUUCGAUGAUUCCUUCGUGAAGAAACUGUUUUCAGUCAUUUAUCCAAUUCAAUCAGCGUACCUCGCUACUUUAUCCAACGGAGGGAUGGUGAUGUGCUUUGCAGUAUUGCUUGUGUUCACGGUCGAGUUCAGCAUCAUUGGAGAAAACCUACGGGAGGCGUUCAGUAACUGGAAUCGAGAUCAAAUACGAAGUUGUAUCAAGCGUCAUCAGAGGUUGCUGGAAAUGGUGAACUUAUAUCGGGACAAGAUCAGAUUCUUCUUGCUUGUCGUCGUGGGUUUGUACUUUCUUUUGGUGACGUUCUCUAGUUUUCUUGUGGUACUUCAACUGCACAGCGGAGAUGUCCAAGCUUUGCGGUACAACGUGAUAAACGCUGGUUUCUCCAUAAUAACCAUAGUUUUGUACGGAGUAGUUUGCGAUUUGUUGGAAGAGACGAUUCGAGAGGUGGGUAAUCAGGUGUACAGUUCUGCUUGGCCGUCAACUCUUAUCUUGGACAGGAAGCAUAGAAAUGUGUACAACUCGGGUAAAAGAAGUUUGAUGAUGGUUAUCGCACGCUCUCAGCAGAAGGUCGGAUUCACUUGUGGCAGCAUCUACCAAAUGUCGACCGUUACCAGUAUGCAGGUGCUGAAGUUUUGCUACUCAGCGUUUACUGUACUGUGGAAUGCAACUAAUUGAUAAUGUUUUUCGGAUAUUCAGGGCCAUUCGACGGAUCAGCGAAUUGGCAUUUGAAAUAUAUCUGUAUACCCUCAUGUAAAAGUUUGGGUUCACCCCCUGAAAAUCAAACAAAAGUGUUUUCUCCCUAUCUCUGUGAUUACACCUAUAAUUGAAACUAUCUAUGACGCAUUCGAAAGGUAAUAAGUUAUUGUUAUUUUGUAGGCAUUUUUCCAGAGACAUUUUUUGAAUUUUGUAUACUUAAAAUUUAAUUAAAGUUGACAAUUAAAAAAAAAACACUGAGAAAACAUAGUCAUAUUUCUCAGCAUUGGAUCGACAAAAAUUUUAAAUCAAUGUGUCAUUAGAAUCGUCAUCUCAUAGUCAUUGAAAAUUACUAACGAAAUUUUGGCUGCAAAUUCUGAAAACUAUUCAAAAUCAAUGAAACAGUCAUUCAAGUCAUCGUGCACAAUUUUGGGUUCACCUGAAUUUACUUCACCCAUUCGUGUUUUCAGUCAUUGUUCUAUCGAUUUUAAACAGUUUUCAGAUUGUUCCGCCAAAAUUCCAUGAGUGCUUUUUGAAGAAUAUAAGAUUAUGCUUCUACAUUGAUUUGGAAUUUUGGUUGCUCCAAUGCUAAGGAAAUUGAUCAUGUUUUUUUAAUGUGUGUUUUUGAAAAAAAAAAUAUACAAAAUUCAAACAAUGUUUUACUGAAACCUAUGCAGUAAGAUUAACUCAUUGCCUUUCGAAUGCGCCAUAGAGAGUUUGAAUUGUACGUGUAAUUACAGAGAUAUGGACAAAAAGCUUUUGUAUGUUUUAAGGGGCAACUUUCUGCACGGGAGUGUAUCUGUCCUCGA